AGGAAGACAUGGCAGCCGGGGAGACUCAGCUCUACGCCAAGAUCUCCAACAAGCUCAAGGGCCGCAGCACCCCCGCCCUCCUGGACUCCCUCCUGGGGAUGGGCUUCCCGGCACACACCGCGCUAAAGGCAUUGGCAGCGACCGGAAGAAAGACAGUGGAAGAGGCAUCGGACUGGCUACACUGUCAUUGCAAUGACCCUUCUCUGGAUGACCCCAUCCCCCAGGAGUAUGCCCUUUUCCUCUGUCCCAUGGGGUCCCUGCUGGAAAAGCUUCAAGAGUUCUGGAGAGAGAGCAAGCGUCAGUGCGCAAAGAACAGAGCCCACGAGGUCUUCCCUCACAUAACGCUCUGUGACUUCUUCACGUGUGAAGACCAGAAGGUGGAAUGUCUGUACGAGGCUCUAAAGAGAGCCGGGGACAGGAUGCUGGGUUCCUUCCCCUCGGUUGUCCCUCUGGUUCUCCAUUCUUCCGUCAGCUACCUGGGCUUCUUCCUGGACAACGGCCCUGCAGACGUCAUCCGGGAAUUCGCCGCGACCUUCGCCACGGAAGCGUCUGUCUUAGCAGACUGCACCGUGAGGCCUUGCACCAAGCAGCUGCAUAUGACCCUGGCCCACAAGUUCUACCCCCACCACCAGAGAACACUGGAGCAGCUGGCCAGAGCCAUCCACCCGAGCCCCAGCUGCCAGUGGACUGCAGCCCUCUACUCUCGAGACAUGCGCUUCGUGCACUACCAGACCCUGAGGGCCCUAUUCCAGUACAAACCCCAGAAUGUGGACGAGCUGACGCUAAGGCCCGACGACUACAUCUUUGUGGACCCCACUCAGCAGGAGGAAGCCAGCGAGGGCUGGGUGAUCGGCAUCUCCCAUCGGACGGGCUGCCGGGGCUUCCUGCCGGAAAACUACACGGAGCGAGCCAGUGAGUGUGACACCUGGGUGAAGCACAGGACGUACACCUUCAGUCUAGCCAUGGACCUGAACUCCAAAAAGGAUGGUGAAGCCAGCAGCAGACGAAACGGGGAACUUCAUCCUCCACAGACAGCAAGGAACCUGAGCAGCAUGCAGGCUUUGCAGGCCACGAUAGUGAGGAAAAGCGUUUUGGUGGUGCGCCACGGGGAAAGAGUGGAUCAAAUAUUCGGGAAGUCGUGGCUGCAGCAGUGUUCCACUCCUGAUGGGAAAUACUACCGGCCAGACCUGAACUUCCCUUGCAGUCUGCCCAGACGGAGCAAUGGUAUCAAAGACUUUGAAAACGAUCCACCGUUAUCGUCUUGUGGAAUUUUCCAGUCCCGAAUGACAGGGGAAGCACUACUGGACAGUGGCAUCAGAAUCACCUCCGUCUUCACCUCCCCAGCCCUCCGCUGUGUGCAGACAGCCAAACACAUCCUGGAAGAGCUCAAACUGGAGAAAAAAAUUAAAAUAAGAGUGGAACCCGGAAUCUUUGAAUGGACAAAAUGGGAGGCCGGCAAAACCCCCCCGACCCUCAUGAGCCUGGAGGAGCUGAAAGAGGCGAAUUUCAACGUCAGCAUGGAUUAUAGGCCUGCGUUCCCCCUCGCCUCCCUCAUGCCCGCUGAGAGCUACAACGAGUACGUUGACAGGUGUGCGGUGAGCGUGGAGCGGAUCGUCAGCGCCUGCCCAGAGGAUGUGGGUGUCAUCCUGAUCGUGGGCCACGGCUCGGCGCUGGACUCCUGCACACGCCCGCUCCUCGGGCUGCCGCCCCGGGACUGCGGAGACUUCGCCCAGCUGGUGAGAAAGAUCCCUUCUCUGGGUAUGUGCUUCUGCGAAGAAAAUAAAGAGGAAGGAAAAUGGGAGUUGGUGAACCCUCCCGUGAAGACUCUGACCCACGGCUCGAACUCAGCAUUUAAUUGGAGGAACUGGAUCCUGGGUAACUGAGAACCCCCUGUACGUUUUCGUAACUUCAUAAUGAAGAAGCAAAACUCUCCGCAGAGGCGUUAAGAUACUGUUAUUUUGAAGGUAUCUUCGCUUCGCCUAAUAUCAUUUGUAGAAGCACAAAAUGCACUUUUAGAUUUCAGAAUGUUUGCCACCGAUUUCCUCUUUGUAACUGUGGAUUCUCGUCCUGCGAGCUCGGCUGCGAGGAUGCCACCUUGAAACGUGUGUCUCUGCCGUGUGGCUUGCAGGGGACUGAGGAACUGUGACUCUAACUUCCGGGAAUUAAAGACCCACCACACGUGCACCAAAAGGAUAUCUCCACUUUAUUUUAUACGUUCUUAUUUGUCAAGUCCCCAACCUUUUUUCCUUUUUC